AUGUCGUUCGGCUUGAGAAACGCACCCCAAACUUCCCAGCGGUUCGUUGAUGAAAUGCUCAAAGGCCUAACUUUUGCAUAUGGAUUCUUGGAUGAUAUCCUUAUCUUCUCUAGGAAUGAAUCUGAGCACAUACUGCACCUCAGGCAGCUUUUUAAAAGAUUGACAGACUACGGCAUGCUUGUCAAUACAUCAAAGUGUGAAUUUGGUAAGUCACACAUCACCUUCCUCGGACACGACAUAUCAGCUGCAGCUGACAGCAUUCGUCCUAGUCCAGACAAAGUUCAAGCUAUACAGGACUACCCUAUUCCAAAAACAGUUGGAGAAAUGCGAAGAUUCUUGGGUAUGUUCAAUUUUUACCGCCGUUUCGUACCCGGAGCAACUGAACUGCAGGCGCUACUGAAUAUUGUCUUAACUGGCCCUAACACCAAGAAAUCACAGAGUAUAGUGAUGACCCCAGAAAUGACCAAGGCAUUUAAUAAUUGCAAGGCAAGCCUAUCAAAGGCUACUAUGCUCUCACAUCCGGAACCCGAUGGCGACAUGGCUAUUUUUACUGAUGCAUCUGAUACUGAUGUGGCAGCAAAAUCUGGAAACCUCUGGCAUUUUUUACAAGACGUCUGA